UCCACGAUCAAAAGUGUGAGGAAAUAAGUUGAGAAGGGAUUUGAAGGAAGCAGAGUGAGAAUGGGAAAGAGAGAGUUUGCAUUAAUGGUGACGGUUGGUGCAAUGUUAGUGGUAGUGAACCUGCAAGGGGCUUCGGCACAAUGUGGAGGAAACUUGAGUGCUAUUUUCGAGCAAUGUCAGGAGUUCUACAGACCGGAUGGCCCAACGGAGCCAUCUCCAGAGUGCUGCGCUGAGCUCAGAGAACAGAACAUAGAUCAGCAAUGUGCCUGCGAUUACAUCGCUUCUAGGCCUCCUGGUAUUGGUCCUAGGAAUGGAAUCGAACUCAACAGAACUGUCUUUGUCUCCAGAGCAUGUGGAAUCGAUGUUCCUGCCGGACUCCAGUGUGGAGAUUUCACUGUUCCUCCUUAUCCUGCACCUUCUUCUGCUCCUCUUCCCGAGGAGUGAAGUUGCAAUCAGCAUCGACGACUAUUAAUGCAUAAAACUAAAUAAGACAGCCAUACAUGGCCUGUACUAGAAGCGUUGAUGCACGAAUUUAGAUUUUCUGUUUGUUUUUCUGUACUGCUAUUAUACUGUGUUUUUAAAAUAUAUCGAUGGAUACUGAUAUCGAUUUGAAAGCACAGUCAAAUAUAAUACUACAAAACUACUAGUAAAGAA